CGUUACAUGUCCUAAUAAUUCGAAAGAUAUCUCAGAAAACCAUGUAUUUUAAUCGGCGUAUACUUACUUCGAUUAUGACCUUAGGCCGAUUAAGAUAAACAGAGUAAUAUGUUGACACUCGGCCUUCUGCAAUAAUCAGUUUAAUAUCGAAUUAUUGCAUGUGAAUGUUCCUUGAUAUGGACAUUUCAGCUAUUUCACACUGACAGCUGAAGUUGACACGCCCCUUACCGUGACGUUGAUUCUCACACGUGACAACGGGGGGAGUGCGGUAGUGUCAUUGACAGUCUUGAUUGUUUUGUUCUCAUUCCUAAACCUCAUCGGAUAAACAUCAUUAUAACGGCGUGAAUAACAUGACCACCAUACCACCAUUUGUGAAUGAUCAGCCGGUACUGCAUCGGCGGGAGUUUGAGGAGCUAGAUAGUCGAAGAAGGUGUCAAUCUCAUCAUCCACCCAACACACCAAGGCAAACAUUCCAGGAUGACCCUAGAGUCAGACCACCUGGACCUAGAUGGCAAGGCCCUCCCGGUGACCCUGGGACUUGGUGGUCACGCCCUUCUGGCGACCCUGGAACCAGGCCCCGCCACACCGCUUACCCCAGAGCCAGGUUACGCCCCUCCGGUGACCCAAGGGCCAGACCACGCCCAGCCGGUGACCCCAUGGCCAGGUGGCCCCUCAUUGACGAUCCCACGACAAGACCUCAGGUGGAUGACUGCGAGCGGAUGGGGACCCUUUUCGGGCAGCUAAACAAGUGCCUGCGCAGCGCGGGCUUCACACAGAUGUACUUUGGGGAGAAGGUUGUGGAUCCUGUGAUCAUCAUCUUUUUCUGGGUCCUACUGUGGUUCCUGGGCAUCCAAGCUCUUGGGCUGGUGGGGACUCUGUGCAUUGUCAUCAUCUUCAUCCAGAAGUAACUCGAUCUCCAGCCUGUUUGAUUGGCAGUUGGGAGCUCCGGUGUCUACAAAUAAAAAGGACUUGAACUCCAAAUGAAAGGACUUGAACUCCCCGCUGUCUGUUCUGUUUGCAUUAAAAGGGCAAUCAGCAGUUACUUCUUACUUUUUUGGACUUGUAUAUUAAUGAUAUGUACCCAUUGAUUCUUGAAGAACAUUAUGCCUCAUGAGUUUAGUUCAACUGUGGUACCCCAUCAGAACCCAAAAUAUAAGCUUGUUUUACUCUGUUUGUAAACAAACACUGUAUAGCAUAGAAAAACCUGGUUAAAACUAUCAUUUGAAUAUCAUGGAUGGUCAGUCCUUGCAUCCAUAGCUCUGUCUUUGAAUUUGAGAAUGGUUAAAUUUCUCCAGCCCAUCCCGCCACUUUAUGCAGAAACAGUGGUGGGGGGCACGCUUUAUUGUUCAGCUGCCGAUUGCCACUUUAAAGCUUCCUAGACUAAGUGAGCGUUUCUCAAUACUCAGCUUCAUAGUGGCCAACUACACUUUAUCUGGAGGGAACAUUUAGAGUGCUGGCAUGUGAAAUGGAGGCCUUGCUCCUAAAGCUUGGUUUCAAGCUUUUAAAACUUAAAAUCAGACCACUUUGCUCACUAGCUGUGCCCCAAUACUCAAAAGCAAUGUCUCAUUAUCUCCUUACAUGUGUGAGUAUUGAUUUGAAAGAACUGGAUCAAUGAAAGCAAUAUGUCUAAUAGCUUAACUAGUUUUGUGUUGCAUAGCUUAACUGGUAAAUAUUUAAGUGUUAUGAAGUUUUUGAUCAUGAGGGAAAGCAAUCAAGGAAAGGAAGUCUAUCAGAACUAUUUGGAUGCAGCCAUUGCUUCAAGUAUCCUGAGCAGUUAAAUAUGCAAUCUGUAAGAUGAUAUCUAUAGUGUUCAUGGAAUUAUAUUAUGUGGGGGAAAAACAAAUAUUUCGUAACAUCAUUAGAACCUGUAGCCUAAAUCAACGAGUGGGCCCGUCAUAUUCCAAGGUGCAUUCCAUGAGAUUUGCACAUACAAGUAGCACUGUAUUUCUAUGAUAUAAUUUGUAGUGGUCAAGGAAUGACAUUCCAUGAGAGCAACAUUACUUUGCUUCACAUUUGACAUUAUACGCCAUUUUGUUAAACAAUAGAAUGAAGUAAAAUAUCCUUCAUUUUG